GAGCAGAAGAAGAAGAAGAAGGAGGAGGAGGAGGAGGCAGAGGAGGCAGAGGUAGAACAGCAGCAGCCAUGGCGGAAUUUCUCUCCGACCCGUCUGUGUUGACUAAAGACAAGCUGAAAAGCGCGCUCGUGGCCAACAACGUGGCUCUACCGAACGGAGAGCAGAGGAAAGGAGUGUACGUGGAGCUGUAUCUGAAAAACCUCACCUCCCAGAACAAGAGAAGCGGCUCGGCGGAGGCUUUCUCCAGUGACGAGGAGCCUCCAGCUCCCACCGCCUCCAUUACAGCUCGCUCCGGCAGGAAAGCCACCAGGAAAACGGACAGAGUUCGUCCUGAGGAGAUCGAUGUGACCGAACUGACCAAUGAGGACCUGAAAGACCAGCUGCUGAAGUAUGGGGUCAACGCCGGACCCAUCGUAGCAUCCACGCGUAAAGUGUACGAGAAGAAGCUGCAGAAGUUACUGGACCAGGGUCCACCUCAGACCACCAUCAUCACCACCACCUCCUCUGAGCCGGUUCAGACCCACAACAGCCGUAACGGGAGCGCUGACUCGGAUCAGUACAGUGAUAAAGAGGAAGAAACAGCAGCAGUUCCAGAACUGGCUCUAGAACCAGAACCAGAACCAGAACCUGUCCCUGUGGUGGAGAGGCCGCUGAGGAGCCGAGGAAAAACACCAGUGACCACCAGAACCCGGAGCGGCCAUCACAAGGAAGAAGAUGCCGAGUCGGAGGAAGAAGACAUUCUUCUGAAUGUUGAGAGGAAGUCCAGGAGUUCUUCCCGCCGACCGGACCACAGUCUUCCUGACCCUGUAACAUCUCAUCUUCUUGUCUUUUGUUUUCUCACGGCUGCUUCAUCACUUGUCACGUGUCUCUCGGAUUCUCAUGUCUGUUCUCGUGUACCUUUCUUGGGAUCUUGUUCUGGAGCACUAAUCACUGAGCCCGCGAUCCCUAGAGAUCCGAAGCCGCUGAUUGCGGACACGCUGCCGGUAUUUCCCUCUCUGGAGUCUCCUGACCGUCGCAUGUCUUCGCUCCACACCGCUGUAGACCGUUACGAUGAAGCUGUGUCCACUGAUCAGUCUUAUAAAAGGGUUCAUGUCUCUGUGAAGACCACAGAACCACAUCAGACUCCAUCACCGUCCAGAACACUGGAAAAAAAGCUCCGUGAAAGAGCUGCCGCUUUGCGUAAAGUGUCCAGUGAGGAAGUCCAGCCUUCAGUCCUGGACACUGCUCUCCUGGAGGUUGGUCCAUGUGAAGUUCUGAGCUCUAGACCUGGUCAUGUGGAGCUUAAAUCCGCCUCUGCCCUCAAGCGCACUGAUUCUCCUCGUUCAGCUUCAACUCGACCAUCUAGAGAUCUGAUCCACAUGAUGUGCCGCCUUUCACCUUCUCCAGCUGCUCAAGGCAAACAUUCUCCUCGUUCUCUGUCUCGAGCCGAUUCUCCUCAGCGUCCAGCUCGGGAUCUUCCCGUCGUGAAGAGCUCACCUGCCGUAAAGGAGCGAUCAGCUGGUUGUGCUGCAGCAGUUCAGAGCCGAAUCGAUGGCUACUUCUCAGCAGUUACCCCAGUUUGGGGGCAGGAGGAUGGCCUCGGAGAUCGUACCCCAGGAAGACUGAUUGAGAAGUUAUCCGCCGUGGAGCAGACCCCAAAAACAGCAGAGAGAGACGUGCUGAAGGAACUGUUCCCCAGCGAGGUCCUCAACACUCCCACAGGGAUCAGUGCCACUCGCCGCCAGCCGAUUAAAGGAGCAGCGGGUCGCCCCUUCAGCGACACCUGGCAGGACAGCCUGCGUCCCCGUGUCACCGAGCACAGAUACACCACUUCAUCCUACACAGAGAGCCGAUCUGCCCCCCGCCUCAGCUCCACGCCCCUGUCUGUCCCUCUGUCCGUCCCCAAAACGGCAGCACCGCCGAGUGUCCGGGCCAAAACCAGACGCCGAGUGCCCGUGUGGGUGCAGCUCCUGCUCCUCGCCGCCGUUGCCGGCUUCCUGCUGUUCGUGUACCACACCAUGGAGAGCAACCAGACGAGUCCGUUCGGGCAGCCGAGCCUGGAAACCUCCGGAAAAUGAACUACCUUCAGACACCAGGCAUUUAAAGACCUCUCUCUUCUCUGGUUUUUCUAACUGGCCCAGUCCGGAGAACCAUCCAGAACCGAGCCAGGUUACGAGAACCUGUUUUCUGAUCAGUUUUCGAAGGGGCUCUGUUUGGUGCUAAGUUUGUAAGCAGAUUCUGAACGAAAGCUCGAACUAGGGACAAGCCAAAGGAGUAACGUCUCUAUGUAUUUUUAUGUUUUGUGAAUAUAAUAUCUAGCAAAUAAAGCUUAAUUAAUCCGAUUAACGAGUUUAAUAAAUCACGGCACGGCCUUAACCUCAACUCGGGAUGCAGCGAGGAGCUGCGUUUAAAAUCGACUCGCUAACGCUAUUCAGAACGAGCCUAGUAGUACACACACACACGUGAUUCAUGGCUAUUUAAACCUGGGAAAGAUCAGCAGUGUUGAUUAACCUGACUGGUUAAUACUAACUAGGUUAAUCAGUUUGAUGUCAAAUACUCGUUCUGAAACAGAAUCCCUAGUCGCGAUGCGUCCCUAAAGCGACCCCGUCUCCUCACUAACUCGCUGAUUACUUCACAUCGUGUUAUCCUGUCGCGUCUUAUCGUAUUUACGUACGUAAUUUGUAUUUGCAAUAUAUUAAGACACGAACUCGUCGGCCACUUUAUUAGGAACGUCUACAGCUUGCGUGAUUGUGCCAUCAGCCCAUCGUUUUACAGCAGCGCGCUGGAUCCCGGUGGAGAUUUCUGCUGUUGUAGCUCAUAUCUGUCACUCCAAAAGGUGUCAUGGUGUUGAGAUGCUUUUCUGAUCAGCACGCUCGCACAGAGUGGUUACUUGAGUUAACGUAGCCUUUCUGUCAGCUCUGAAGCAGCUCCUCUGAUCUCUCUCAUCUGAUCUUUUUGGGGGGUUUUUGGCCUUCAAGUCUGUGUGUCUGUCAGAGAGAGAGAGAGUGUGUUUUCUGAUCAGCACACUCGCACAGAGUGGUUACUUGAGUUAUCGUAGCCUUUUUGUCAGCUCGACCUCUCCCAUUUCUCUCAAUUGAUGUUUUUGGGCUUUUUUUUUUUUUAAUAUCCUCAAGUGAUGUGAUGGUGUGUGUGUAUGUCUGAGAAUCCCACGAAAGUCACUGAUUUAUUUUUUUCCCCCACAGGUUAUGACUAUUUUAUGCAUCGAGGCAACCGUUCCUAAUAAAGUGGCCAGCCAGCGUAUAUCGCAACUCACUUUUGAUUAUAUGCAACAUAUUUAUCUGUGUUUAUUAAU